AUGUCUGCCGAAGCAAAGCCCGUCGAGGUUGUCCCUCAAACCGAGGCACCUGUCGAGGCCCCAAAGCCCGUCGAGACUGCUCCUAUCGUUGAGCCCACCACCGCAGAGCCAACAACUGCAACUGAGGCACCUGUCGUUGCUGAGGCACCAAAGGAGGAGGCUACGGAAGCUGCUCCGGUCAAGGAGGAAGUGAAGCCUGUCGAGGAGGGUGUCCUUGGAUACAAGGGACCCGGUCUUCUCAAGAGCUUCAUCUUCCAAAAGAAGUUUUUCUACUUCGGUUCCGAGCCAGUUGAGAGCAAGGCCUUGUCAAGCUACCUCCGUGGUGAAAAGGCACAAGACACCGCCAACAAGAACGUCGCUUGGGCUGCCCACACCGGCAAGGGUCUCCUGUUCUUCACCAAGAAGGCUAGCGAGAAGGCAACCCCUGCCGGCAUUAUCAAUCUGUCCGAUGUUUCCGAUAUCACUGAGGAGGGCACUGUUGACUUCCACUUCACCCAUGGUGGACACAAGCACACAUUCCAGGCCAACACUCUUGGAGACCGUGACAACUGGGUCGCUGUCUUGAAGGCCAAGGUCGCUGAGGCCAAGGAGCUCGCCCCAACUGUUGUUGAGACCGAGGAAUACAAGAAGGCUCACACCGAAUUGACCAAGCCAGCCGUUGUCGCCGCCGCUUCAGCACCAAAGAAGUCCGUUGAGAAGCCUGAAGCCCUGAAGGAGGAGAAGAAGGAAGAAAAGGCUGAGGAGAAGGCUGAGGAGAAGAAGGAAAUCAAGGAGGAGAAGAAAGAGGAGAAGAAAGACCGCAAGAGCCGUAGCGCAUCCCGCAAGCGCAACUCCAUCUUCGGCGGUUUCGGUAUCGGCAAGAAGGAGGAGAAGACUGAGGAGAAGAAGGAGACUCCAGCCACCGAGGAGACUGCUGCACCAGCUCCAGCUGUUGAGGAGCCCGUCGUUGCUGCUACCGAGCCCGCUGUCGCUCCCGAGACGGCACCAGCUACUACUGAGGCCACCCCAGCAACUGCUGAGGCAACCCCAGCCGUCGCCCCUGUUGAGGCCAGACCAGCUGCCUCCAAGCGUAACAGCAUCUUCGGUACCCUCAAGUCUCAAUUCUCCCAACACAAGGAGAAGAAGCCAGAGGCCGAGGCCGCCCCAGCCGUCCCUGCCAAGGAGACUGAGCCAGUCAGCGAGACUGCCCCAGUCAUCCCAGCUGUUGAGGAAAGCGAACCUUUGGCUACUUCGGUUGCUUCCCCAGCCACCGUCCCAACCGAGACCUCCGAUGCCCCAGUUACAAACGGAGAGACCAAGGCUGCUGAGACUCCAACUGUCAAGACUGACAAGCGCAAGAGCUCUCUCCCAUGGUUGAGCAAGAAGGAGAAGGCCACCACCAGCGAUGAGGAGACCGAGAAGCCAAAGUCCCCAUUUGCCAAGCUCCGUGCUACCGUCAAGGGCAAGACCUCCCCAAAGGCCGAGAAGGUCAGUGAGAAGCCAGCCGCUACUGAGGAGGCGGAGCCAACCACUGCCACCGAGACCGCGAAGCCUGAAGCCCCAGUCGUCUCUGAGCCAACCCCAGUUGUUCCUCAAUCGACUCCCCAGGUUUCUGCUUCCGCAUAA